AGAACAAGAGCUCUCUCGCACCUUAUCCUAUCCUUUCUUUCUCUCUCUCUCCAAAUCUCUAUUUUCUCAAUCACUACUUUUACUUCCUUCCUCAUUGUCACUACCACCACAAAGUCAUUCUUAUAAAACACACACCCACACACCUUCUCUCUUCUUCUUCCUUCUUUUCAUCACUAUUCAUUCAUAUACACACUUCCUCUAGAAAAGUCCUUGGUAUAUGCAACUCGAUAGAUAUCAAAUUCAUUUUGGGUUUUGUAACCCAACGUUUUGAGUAUUGUGUCCAUUGGUAAUGGCUCCUAAAGCUGGGAAAACAAAGCCCCACAAGAGUAAAGGAGAUAAGAAGAAGAAGGAAGAGAAAGUGUUGCCUAUUGUCAUAGAGAUAAGUGUUGAAACACCAGAUGAAUCCCAAGUGACUCUCAAGGGAAUCUCUACGGACAGAAUCUUAGAUGUGAGGAAGCUCUUGGCGGUCCAUGUUCAGACAUGCCACUUCACCAACUUCUCCCUCUCUCACCAGGUGCGUGGCACUAGGCUCAAGGAUUCCGUUGACAUCGUAUCGCUCAAGCCCUGCCACCUCACCAUCGUCGAAGAGGACUAUACGGAGGAGCAAGCCACCGCGCACAUACGGCGGCUCCUCGACAUCGUCGCUUGCACCACCGCAUUCGGUUCGUCGAAACCUCCCGUACCUCGCACGUCUCCAAAGGAAUCCGGAAACAAGGAUGCCGGCGAUUCGGAUUCCGUUCUCAGCCCUAAGCUCAAGGAACCAGAGAAGAAACUCGUCGUCGCCGGGGGAUGUGAGGCUUCUCAGGCUGUGGAAGGCGGAGACAAAGGUGAAAUCAACAUGUGCCCACCGACUCGUCUCGGGCAGUUUUACGAAUUCUUCUCCUUCUCACACCUCACUCCUCCGAUCCAAUAUAUCAGAAAGUCUGUUCGUCCAUCAGCUGAAGACAAAGGAUUAGACGAUCUCUUUCAACUCGAUGUUAAAGUUUCAAGUGGGAAGCCGAUAACGGUUGUUGCGUCAAGAACAGGUUUUUACCCAGCUGGGAAGCAGCAGCUUCUGUGCCAUUCUUUAGUUGAGCUGCUUCAACAGAUAAGCAGGCCUUUUGAUGCUGCGUAUGACGCUCUUAUGAAAGCUUUUAUUGAGCAUAAUAAAUUUGGGAACCUUCCUUAUGGUUUCCGGGCAAACACUUGGGUAGUUCCUCCGGUUGUUGCAGAUAGCCCAUCUACUUUCCCGUCACUUCCAGUGGAGGAUGCGACAUGGGGAGGAGAUGGCGGUGGGGUUGGCCGGUCUGGUAAGCAUGAUAGAAGAAAGUGGGCCAAGGAGUUUGCGAUUUUGGCAUCGAUGCCUUGUAAAACAUCUGAAGAGAGACAGGUUCGAGAUAGGAAGGCCUUUCUACUCCACAGUCUAUUCGUCGACGUUUCGGUUUUCAAAGCAGUGGAGAUAAUAAAGAACGUGGUAGAGAGUAGUAAUCAACUCUUGGCUUUACAUGAACAAAGAGUAGGUGAUCUGAUCAUCAGUGUGGCUAGAGAUGAUCCUGAUGCCAGUGCCAAGCUUGACCGAAAGAGUGAUGGGACUCGGGUUCUAGAGAUCUCUCAGGAGGAACUUACUCAAAGAAAUUUGCUUAAAGGGAUCACUGCUGAUGAGAGUGCGACUGUUCAUGAUACGUCGACCUUGGGUGUGGUGGUUGUCAGACAUUGUGGUUUCACAGCUAUUGUGAAGGUUGCUGCUGAAUUUAACUUGGAUGGGGGCAGUCUCCCACAGGAUAUAGACAUUGAAGACCAAUCAGAUGGAGGUGCAAAUGCACUGAAUGUGAAUAGCUUGAGAACUCUGUUACACAAGGCGUCAACUCCUUCAAGCAUAGCUCAGAGAUCACCAAAUGCAGACUCAGAACAAUUACGUGUGGCUAAGUCUCUUGUGAGGAAAGUAUUUGAGGACAGUCUGCAGAAAUUGGAGGCUGAACCCUCAAGAAAUACCAAACCUAUAAGGUGGGAAUUAGGAGCUUGUUGGGUGCAACAUCUGCAAAAUCAAGCUUCAACUAAAACUGAGACUAAGAACCCUGAAGAUGCCAAGCCUGAACCACCUGUUAAGGGUCUUGGAAAGCAAGGUGGACUGCUAAAGGAGAUUAAAAGGAAGAUUGAUGUGAAAGCUAACAAGUCUGAACAGGGCAAGGAUUCCCCUGCUAAUACGGUUGACAAUGACAAUAAAUCAGAAACUGAGGAUCAGAAGGAAGUCGAGAAACAAAAUGAGGAGAUGGAAAAGAUGUGGAAGGAAUUGGUGACAGAAGCUGCAUAUCAGCGUCUUAAAGAAUCAGAAACUGGUUUUCAUCUCAAGUCACCAAGAGAGCUGAUUGAUAUGUCCCGCAAAUACUACACUGACACCGCUCUUACAAAACUGGUGGCAGACUUUGGAUCUCUUGAACUCUCACCCGUCGAUGGGAGAACUCUGACUGACUUUAUGCACACCAGAGGCUUGCAGAUGCAUUCCUUGGGGAGAGUGCUCGAGCUGGCUGACAAGCUUCCUCAUGUGCAAUCCCUCUGUGUUCAUGAAAUGAUUACUCGGGCAUACAAGCAUAUACUGCAGGCUGUUGUAGCUGCUGUUGAAAACACUGCUGAUCUAGCCAUCUCAAUAGCAACAUGCUUAAAUGUCCUGCUGGGAACACCGUCUGACACUGAGAGCGAAUAUGACGAAAAGAUAAAGUGGACCUGGGUAGAAACGUUCAUUUCCAAGAGGUAUGGGUGGGACUGGAAGCAUGAAGGUUACCAGGAAUUGAGGAAAUUCUCUAUUCUUAGGGGACUGUCACACAAGGUUGGACUGGAGCUUGUUCCUAAAGACUACGAGAUGGACACAUCAUGUCCAUUCAAGAAGUUGGAUAUUAUCAGUAUGGUUCCUGUAUACAAGCACGUUGCAUGUUCAUCCGCUGAUGGACGCACUUUGUUGGAAUCAUCCAAAACUUCCUUGGAUAAAGGCAAACUAGAAGAUGCUGUCAGUUAUGGUACCAAGGCAUUGACGAAGCUUGUAGCAGUGUGCGGCCCAUAUCAUAGAAUGACCGCCGGAGCAUAUAGUCUACUUGCUGUUGUGCUGUACCAUACUGGGGACUUUAACCAGGCUACCAUUUAUCAGCAGAAAGCACUAGACAUAAAUGAAAGGGAACUUGGACUUGAUCACCCAGACACAAUGAAAAGCUACGGAGACCUGGCUGUCUUCUAUUAUCGUCUCCAGCACACAGAGUUAGCUUUAAAGUAUGUCAACCGUGCAUUGUACCUUCUGCAUCUAACAUGCGGACCGUCACAUCCAAAUACUGCUGCCACUUAUAUUAAUGUAGCGAUGAUGGAAGAAGGUUUGGGGAAUGUCCAUGUGGCUUUAAGAUACCUUCAUGAAGCGCUGAAAUGUAACCAGAGACUACUUGGAGCUGAUCAUAUCCAGACUGCUGCAAGUUACCAUGCCAUUGCUAUUGCUCUUUCUCUAAUGGAAGCGUACUCUUUAAGCGUCCAACAUGAGCAGACCACUCUACAGAUUCUACAGGCAAAACUAGGCCCUGAGGAUCUUCGGACACAGGAUGCGGCUGCGUGGCUUGAGUAUUUUGAAUCUAAAGCUCUGGAACAGCAAGAAGCUGCACGAAAUGGUACUCCCAAGCCAGACGCCUCUAUAUCCAGCAAAGGGCAUCUCAGUGUAUCAGACCUGCUGGAUUAUAUAACCCCGGACACUGAUCUUAAAGCAAGGGACGCCCAAAGGAAAGCUCGCCUAAAGGUCAAGGGAAGACCAGGACAAAGUCCUGGACCUGUGUCUGAAGAUAAUCAGAAAGAUGAUGAAAUUCUGAGUCCAACUCAUAUCAAUGGGGAGAGUUCAAGUGACAAAGAGAACAAAACAGAAGCAAAACCUGAAGAAACAAGGGUUGAGAAACCUCAAGAUCAGGUAUCUCAGGUUAAGCUAGAGUCCACGGCUCAAGGGGAUGAUGACUCUGACGAAGGAUGGCAAGAAGCUGUCCCAAAAAAUCGUCAUCCUUCUGGGCGUAGAACCCGUCCCAGCCUGGCAAAGCUGAACACAAACUUCAUGAACGUGACCCAGCAGACAACAAAAAGCAGAGGAAAACCCACCAACUUCGCAUCUCCCAGGACUAAUUCAAAUGAGCUUACAAUUUCUGCUGCUGGUUCUACUUCCCAGCACGCGAAGAAGCUUUUGAAGAGCUCAAGUUUGAACAGAAAGCCAAACAGUACCAAUAUAGUGGGAGAAAAGCCGGUUAACAAUAAAUCAGCACUGGCGAGCUCACCUUGCACCGAACAGAGCAGCAAGCCAACUCUGUUGGUGAGUCCUGUGACUCCCCAAGCUGGAAAACUGUUUUCCUAUAAGGAAGUCGCACUGGCACCCCCUGGAACAAUUGUGAAAAUAGUUGCGGAGCAGUUGUCAGAAGAAACGCCUGCUCCAGAGACUUUGGAUGCAGCAAAAGCCGUAGUAGAUGAUACUAAAAAAGAUAAGGCUGAGGAUGUUGAGAGUGAGAAGAAACAUGUGGCUACAGAAACAGAAGCCAAAAAUUCUAAUAGCAAUGAACAAGGAGGGGCGGCUGUUGGUGGAUCGGAGUUGAUGAGUUCACCACAGGAUAUCAAGGUUGAAAAGACAGCAGUAGAAGGAUCUCCAACAGAAACAGCUGUUUCAGAUGCAAGCCAAGGAAAAUCUGAAAGUGUACAAACGGCUGAGGACUCGAAUGGAGUGAAGCAACAUAAAGAUGUCUCUGGUGCUGAACUGAAAGCAGUAGAUGCUGAAAGACAUGAUUUGCCUAAUGGAGACUCAAGCCCAAAGGCAUCAAUAGUCGCAGAUGGAGAAAAGCAAGAAGCAUGCGAGGCACAACAAAAGGAGAUGAGCAAGAAGCUCUCUGCUUCUGCACCACCCUAUACCCCAACGACCAUUCCAAUUUUUGGGUCGAUAGGAUUCAACGACCAUGUGGGAAUCCUUCCCUCACCAUUGAACAUACCGCCAAUGCUUCCUGUAAACCAUGUCCGGAGGCCAACUCCUCAUCAGUCUGUAACAGCUCGAGUUCCCUAUGGGCCAAGGCUCUCAGGUGGUGGUUACAACCGAUCUGGAAACAGGGUUCCUCGCAACAAACCAAGCUUCCCCAGUAUCGCUGAGUCCAAUGGAGAGGCUAAUCAGUUCAUUGGCCCAAGAAUAAUGAACCCUCAUGCGGCUGAGUUCAUACCGAGUCAACCAUGGGCUUCUAAUGGUUAUCCAGUGUCACCAAACGGAUAUUUGGCAUCACCAAAUGGGACGGAAAUAACACCAAAUGGUUACCCGUUGUCACCAUUAGCAGAAGGUGCAUAUCCGUGUAACAUACCCGUACAGCCUCAGAAUGGGCAUACUACAGCUGCACCAGUGGCUACUGAAACAGCUGAGGAGAAGAGUGGAGGUGAAGAAGAGAGCAACAAGGAGAAGAUAGCUGGAGAGGAUGAAGAAGUCAUUGCGCAAGAAGCUAUAGAAACACCUGGAAAUGGACACUCCACAGUAGGUGGAGAGAAAACCACAGCACAAGAGGUAUCCGAAGAGAAAGGACAAGGAGGCAAGUGUUGGGGAGAUUACAGCGACAGUGAAAUUGAAGUCACAAAUUGAACAAGCAAUUUUUCUGUCAUUGAAGUUUUAACAUUGAGGCUAAAAGUAAUGGAGUGAAACUUGGCUCCAUGGAUGAGGUUGAGUUACAUCAAGCUUUAACGAGGAAAAACAUUUCUACAUUUGAAUAUUUUGAGGUUGAUUGUUUACAGCUUUCGAAGACAAUCAAGUUCUUAGAGAAAUAGAUUCUCUAUAAUCUAUGGAAAUUGUUUCUUUUUAAAUAAAUGUCUUUUCUAAAAAAACCAAAACCCAAGUUUCUAUGGUUUUUUUUUUGACCUU